GGGUGUGUGGGGUGCGCUCCGAGGCGGGCGCUGGCUGCAGGUGCUCGGGGGCGGCUCUGUCCCGGCCUGGGGCCGCAGCGUGCUCGGGUGGCGCCGUGUGCGCCUUUCCCUGUUCGGCGGGCCAGCGAGGGAGCUGCCGCCGCACCGCUUAGCGGGUUCCUUUCCCUGGCGUCUCUACCCCGGGGUGGUGGCUGUCGCUUGCUGCUGGCGCCCCUCGGUGCCGCCGUGCGGGGGAGGUUGCCGGGUGCUGCUGUCGGGUUUCCCUCGGGAUGGCAGCCAACGGCACGGUAAAGCUCCCAGCUAUAAACCCUAAAUACCCAAGCAGAAUGCCAAAUGUUUCUACAAACAAGGAAUUUAGUGGGAAAAAUAAGCUUUCCUUCCCACCUAUGCCUGCUGAGAGAAAAAGUGAAGCAGUAAACUUGAGCAAAUUAAUUGGCAAUGGUUAUGGGACGGACUGGUUUCAGCAGUGUACUGGAUGUGAAAAAAAGAUUCAAAAAACAUCUGAAAAUAGUGAGCAGUCCAAAGAACCUCUUCCUCUGGGUGAGCAUCAGAAGAAAACAGGCAAACAGAAAACCAGAAGUGUGUUAUUGUUCAGAAGAAAAACUGCUAUAAAACUAUGGGAUGAAGCCUGAUCUUGAUCUGGACCUGAAAGAGGGUGCACAAUCUGAGAAGCCACUCUUCAAAGUCAGCUUCAGUAUCCAAACUCUGAUCAUGUAGAGGAUGCUGCCUUAGGAGGUGCAAUGACCUCACAAUUCAACUGUGGAGCCUAAAAGUGCUCUUCCUUAGUAUGAAAGAAAAUCUUGAAUAUUAUUCUUUUGUUUUCAGGUUCAGUGUAGCUUUCCUGUGCACUGAUAUUUUUCUUUUCCAUUACUGUGAGUAAACUGAAACGAUUUGUGAUUUUUUUGAAAUGUCAAAUUCAUUCAUUUGGUGAUAGUUUAUUUCUUUAAUGUGAAGUGUUCAUCUUUUAAGACAUUUGGGAUAUAUAAAGCAAUCUGAAGAGUUUUCAGAGCAAUCAUGGUAUUGGUUUGGUUAUACCACUUAUGCAUAGAGAACAAAAUUAUAGGUAUACUCUAAACCUGCUGAAAAGUCAGUAUGCUGCAUAGUUUGAUAUAUAGAUAGAUCUUAUUUUUGAGAUGCUUUUCUUUCACAGAUUCUGAGGUAACAUGACACCUGCUUUACUCGUAUUGCCCUCCUUUUUCAAUCAUAGCUAUUCUGAUUGAGACUGAUUCUGUAUUUCGGUGUAAAAGGAGAUAUUUUUUUUUUUAAUGCUCUUAACAGUAUGGUUUCAUUCAGGCAUGUACCUUGACUCAAUUUUGACCUUGUCCUUUUCAUUCUUACGCAUAUGUAUUGAAGGUAGUGCUUGUAUUUUCUUCCCACUUGGGUACUUUUGUCUGCUCAUCCAAAGCCAUUGGCAGCAUGAGCAUCUUGCAGCUCCCUUUUGAGAUAGCGCUUUCUCUGUUCUCGCUUGUGCAGGACGAGUCCAAGACACAUCAGACAGGGGAUAUAACCCAUUCUGUAUGUAAAUCUAUAACCCAUUUGUGUUUGAUUAUAGAUUAGCAUCAUACUGCAAACUUUGUAGGUAGCUUGUCUGUCUUGUUAGUUAAAAAAGUAAUGGAAUUUGUAUAUAUUUUGAUGUGAGAGAGAAACUGAAAAUUUUAGUUGACCUUUGUAUUCUUAUGGUUGAAGUUAUCCUAAGAACUUUAAUCUUUUUUUAUUGUAGAUUCAGAGCCAUCACAGUCUGAAUAGGCACCUGCAGGUAGAGUCAAAGCCACAGUUUCAGGGACGUUAGAAGUAACUUAAAAAGACUAUUGGGGAAGUAAAGCUUUAUGUGGCUUAUAUAGUCCACUAUUUACAUGUUUGUCAGAUAGCUUUUUUAUAGUUAAACUCAUUCCUGAUUGAGAAGUUUAUUUGACUUAUAAUAUGGAUGAACUUUAUUGUGCUUGAUUACAGCAAAUUUUAAAGAACAGGCAACAGCUGUCAGUGCAUUUUCCUAGACAUUUUUCUUAAUGUAAUAAACAAAAAAACCCAAAGCCGAAGUUUUCUCCUACACUAGACUAGUGCUCCUUUGCUGCUGUUAAACAGUUAUCAUAUUGCUGCUGAAUUGACUAGACACAGGCACAGUAUCGAUGUGUCCAAACCAGCAACUUUAUUUAAGUACAGUUAUACUCAUGACCUAUGCCAUAAAGAAAGGUGAGGGGGAACUGUAUGAUAUGGCAUAAAAUGUAAAUAGAAAGAAUCAAACUGGUAUGGACCCUUGCAGUGAAAAAGGCAAACCUUCACUGGAAAGAUGGCUUCUUAGCCGUUUAUCCAGACCAGCUAUUCAGCUUUCUAGGACAAUUCUGUUGCUAUGCCUGCUGCAGAAGAACUAGUUGAUCAGUCAUAGUGUUCAGCCACAUAAUUAAAUUAAGACCUGCUGGCAUUUCUUGUUACAGUCUUGAUACACAGAAGAUGAAUCAUUGGGUAACGGUGCUGUGAACUAGGCUAUAUAUGAUGUCUGCACUUUAAACUGUUAAAUAAAAAUUUUAUUUAUCCUGAAGUUCUGACUGAAAAAAAAAAAUAGUAUGUGCUAGAUCCCUAUGUUUAUUCGCACCAGCAAAACAGUUUGUACUUUGUAUAUAAAUCAUCUGAAUAUUUUGAAAAAGCUAGAUAUGCUGAUAUUUUUAACACUUGUUCUUUUAUCUACCUGAAUUAGGCUGUAUUCAUGAAAUCUUAUGAAUAAUUAAAUAUUUAUUAUAAAGCACA